AUGGCAUUCGCCAAGAAUGUGGAGUCACCGUGUAAUGACGCUUUUGGUUCUGAUAAGAUCACAUUCGUUGAUUGUGGUUGUUGGUUUUGUGAUCAACAUCGUGUCCUCUAUAAUGCGUUGGCGAUGAACACCUCAGUAAUUGAACAAGACAGUUACAACCUCAAACGCGACAGUGAGGAGAAAGAUGCCACCAUAAAGGAGCUAACCACUCUACUCCACUCAUCUGAUGUUGCUAGUUCCAAGAGGAUUGCAAAGUUGGAAGACAUUAUAUGUAGGAAAAACACGAUUAUUACAAGACUAAAGAAGGACAUGGUUGUCCUAGAACAAAAGGUGGUGCACUUCACUAGACUUCGGAGAUCCUUCUUUCCUUCUUCAGACUCAAACUCAAAUAGUGAGCAGCGUCCACACAUGGCAGAAAAUUUCCUAUAUGAUAUGGAUAGUACUACUAGCCCUUCAUCAUCUUAUUCAGACUCUUCCCCUUUGAAUCAACCACACGCUCUUGUUGCUAAAGUUGAGGAAAAUUCUGUUAAGAAUAGCUACUCUUCUUCUACAAAAAACCAGAUGUCAGCGCCAGCAAAACCGAUAGGUUCUUUUGUGAGACCAACAGAUUGGAGCUCAAAAUCUCGAUCAAUAAGUCCACUUAAGGAAAUAUCUACAAAUUGGAAAUCCGAUUCAAUUCCAUCUUUGAGGGAAAAACAAGCUGUUGUUGGAGAUUCUUCAAGAAAGAGUAGAAGGUGA